AUAACGCAUAUCUGAUAAAGAACAAGUGUUUUGUAUUGAUUUGUCUCUAAUAUCAAAAGUCCAUAUUUACGUAGUGUAUGCACUGCAGUCUAGAUAGACUAUAGAUUAUUGCAUAUGGAGAACAUGGCAUUAUCCAAAUAUAAUGGUGAAAAAAUGAAUCCGAGAGAGGUUUGCAGUUUUCUGUCAUUUGAAGAUCUUGUCUCCUCUUCGGGUUGUCAGAACCUACCAAAUCCAUGGCUUAACAGGAUUGUUAUCUUAUGCAAGGAUGAAUCCGGAAAGGUUGGAUUGAGAGUUCAGACCUUGAGAAAAGGAGUUUUCGUCUCACUCGUUACUCCAGGUAGUCCUUCAGCUAUGGCAGGUCUCAGGUUCGGUGAUCAGAUUCUUGCUCUAGGUAGGAAAAGUGUUGCAGGGUGGGAUCGAGAAAAGGUACACUCCGCACUAAAAAGUGAACCUGUUAAUUAUAUAAUCAUGGCUAUCAGAGAUAGGCCGCUGUCUAGAGGCCUUGUUUUACAAAAAGAUGGAGCAGGAACAUUGGGAAUGAAGAUAGAAAACGGUAUAAUCACUGGAAUAGGAAUAAACACCUCUGCUGCUAAGAACGGAGUAUUGAUUAACCAACAGCUUAUCGAGAUCAACGGUUCCUGUACUGUCGGAUUAUCUGAUAAAAUGAUCAGAACUUGGAUAUCUGAUUGUGGAGAAACAGUAGCAGUUACUUUGAUGGAUAUCGCUAUAUUUAGAGCUUUAAUCAGAGAUAUGUCUCCCUGGCUUCUAGAAAAUCAGAUGAACCACAGUAGUUGUCAGUAGAUCUACAAGAAAAUGAAUAAAGAAAAUUAUGCAGACGACCUGUAUACUGAUAAAAAGAUUAAUUAUUCUUGUUAAAACAAAUUAUCGAUCAAGAUUUAUUAUAUGAAGAUUAAGAUAUUUAUUUGUUUAAACUUUAACCUCAAACUUUUACAAUCCUAACUUCUCUAAUUGAUGAGCUAAAAGGAAUAGUGUUUUAAAUUACUUUUCUCCUACUAGUGAAUAAAAUCAAAACUAGAGUAGCUACAAAAUCACAUAAUCGUACCAGUAAUAUCGCAUAAAUCUGAACUUCUACGUCUGUUCAUGGGUCUGCGAAAAUCCACCAUAAUUGAGAUAAUUAAACUGAACUUCUCCAGAAGUUUUCUGAUCAAAAAAUGCAUUUAAGCUUGUUGGAUAUUUGAUCUCUCUAUAAUAAAGUUCAGUGUGUAUGUAUGAAGAAGAAAAAUCGCUGCUUAAAGUUCAUGUAAUGUAAGAAUAGUUCAAGUAUUUUACCUUGUGACCAUAAAUCAGACAUACUCUUGAGGCAGUUCAGUUUUGGGUGGCGAAAUACAGUGCUAAUUAUUAAUCUAAUUUUUGGGAAAGUCUUUUUGUUAGAAUUCUGAUAAUAUAUUUUUGGUUUAUUGA